AACAUCAGCGAUCAGAAAUUUCAAUCAUACAGAGGCAAGUGUGAGCUAUUUUUGCCGCUAGUGCUCAUGGGUAAGGUGGCGGUGGGUGCGGCAGUGGUCUGCGCGGCUGCUGUGUGUGCUGCGACGGCGCUGGUGGUAAGGCACAGGAUGCGCAGCUCGGGGAGAUGGGCCAAGGCCAUGGCCAUACUCAGGGAGUUCGAGGACAAGUGUGGGACCCCCAUAGGAAAGCUACACCAGGUGGCCGAUGCCAUGACCGUUGAGAUGCAUGCCGGCCUUGCAUCGGAAGGUGGGAGCAAGCUUAAGAUGCUCAUCAGCUAUGUCGACAAUCUUCCCACAGGCGAUGAGAAGGGUUUGUUUUAUGCGUUAGACCUUGGGGGCACAAAUUUUCGUGUCCUACGGGUGCUAUUGGGUGGGAAAGAAGAUCGUGUUGUCAAACAAGAAUUUGAGGAAGUUUCAAUUCCUCCUUACUUGAUGACUGGAUCUUCAGAUGCAUUGUUCGAUUAUAUUGCUGAAGCACUUGCUAAAUUUGUUGCUACAGAAGGUGAAGGAUUGCAUCCUUCACCUGGUCAACAAAGGGAGCUGGGCUUUACCUUUUCAUUUCCAGUUCAGCAAACAUCAAUAGCAUCAGGAACUCUUAUAAAAUGGACAAAAGGCUUCUCCAUAGAGGACACGUUUGGGCAAGAUGUGGUGGGAGAGUUGACAAAAGCCAUGGAAAGAGUUGGCCUUGACAUGCGUGUUGCAGCUUUGGUCAAUGAUACAAUUGGAACACUAGCUGGAGGUAGAUACUACAAACAGGAUGUUAUUGCUGCUGUAAUCUUGGGUACUGGAACUAAUGCAGCAUAUGUAGAGCGAGCACAAGCAAUUCCCAAGUGGCAUGGUCUUCUUCCUAGAUCUGGGGAAAUGGUUAUCAACAUGGAGUGGGGCAACUUUCGGUCGUCACACCUUCCAUUGACAGAAUAUGACCAAGCCCUGGAUGUUGAGUCUCUGAACCCUGGGGAACAGAUUUUUGAGAAGAUAAUUUCUGGUAUGUAUUUAGGAGAGAUUGUACGCAGAGUUCUAUUGAAAAUGGCUCAGGAAGCUGCCUUCUUUGGUGUUGAUGUUCCACCAAAACUGGAGAUUCCAUUUAUCUUAAGGACUCCACACAUGUCUGCAAUGCAUCACGAUACAUCUUCAGAUCUGAGAGUUGUUGGAAGCAAAUUAAAGGAUAUCCUAGAAGUACCAAAUACCUCCCUGAAAAUGAGGAAAGCUAUUGUCGAGCUCUGUGACAUUGUUGCCACUCGUGGUGCCCGGCUAUCUGCUGCUGGAAUCUUAGGCAUCCUCAAAAAAUUGGGGAGAGACACAUUGAGGGAUGGGGAAAAGCAGAAGUCAGUAAUAGCAUUGGAUGGUGGGCUGUUUGAGCACUAUACUAAAUUUCGUACCUCCAUGGAGAGCACUCUCAAGGAGUUGCUGGGAGAGGAAGUUUCUGAAAGCAUUGUCAUUGAGCACUCAAAUGAUGGCUCGGGCAUUGGAGCAGCUCUCCUGGCAGCUUCCCACUCCCAAUACAUGGAGGUCGCAGAAGCUUAAAAAAGUAUAGGUAGAUGAAAAUAAUGACAUUUUUCAAAUUUUGUAUUUUACUCCUUGCCAUCACUUACUCCAGAUAGUCUAGAGCUAGCGAUAUCUCCUAGUUCAUGGGGUAUGCCAGUAGAUCUUAAUGUGUGGUCUUAUAGAGUUUAUAACCCAGUGAUGGAUCAAAUACUCUAACAAAGUGGCUAGCAAUGGACCCAAGCAUCCAUGUUGAGACCUGCCAUUUUGAUCCCUUACCUCCUUUUUCCCCCUUUAUGAGGUAGCAAAUAAAGUGGGGGAUGUAAACUAUUAUUUGAGUCGCUACAUUCGGCAAAAUAUGUUUCUAUGGUUUCAAAUGGAAAUAAAAAGUAGAUUUUGCAGUCA